GAUUCAUGAGGACCAGAUAGCCACUGUCUGCAAGCAAUGCCUGAAGGCUCUCGCCUUUCUUCAUGCCCAGGGAGUAAUUCAUAGGGAUGUUAAAAGUGACUCGAUCCUUCUUGCGAGGGAUGGAACGGUUAAACUUUCAGACUUUGGAUUCUGUGCUCAAGUUUCUUCUGAUGUACCAAAAAGAAAGUCCUUAGUAGGAACACCAUAUUGGAUGGCUCCAGAAGUGAUAUCGAGGCUUCCGUAUGGUCCAGAGGUGGAUAUUUGGUCCCUUGGAAUAAUGGUGAUAGAAAUGAUUGAAGGAGAGCCUCCAUGUUUCAACGAACCACCUCUUACGGCAAUGAAGAAGAUUCGAGACUUGCCUCCGCCACGCCUUAGAAAUGGUCACAAG